CCCACUAAACUAAAAGUUCAAUUCAGUUCAUAAGCGGCAUACUCCGUAUCGAAUAAAAUACCAUGAAUUUCCGAAAAUCUUAAAAUUUUAUAGUUCAUCCCGAACGCAACCGUAUAUUAUUUCGUAGAUCCAUAGUUCCAGUGUAACUGAACCAGUUUCGGUGUCGAUAUCUUAUCAAACUAGGUGGCAGCUCUGCAGAAUCUCUGCACGUUUUUAAAAGCCGGCCCUACCAGAAUCCAAAACAAAGAGCAAAAAUUAACUAGAACUAAAAUGUUUAUGAACACAGGUCUCUUCGAGCCGGGUAAAACAAAGACCGAACGUAAAUUCAUCCAACAGGCGGUGAAGCAGAGCCAACGCCUCGAUGGCCGCAAGUCCGGCGAAAGCCGCGAUGUCCAACUAACCUUCGGUGGGGAAUAUGGCUCGGUGAUCGUGGCGCUGGGCAAUACCAAGGUGAUGGCCCAGGUAACCUGCGACAUGGGCACACCAACCACGUCCAGGCCAAAUGAGGGCAAGCUCCAGCUGUUUGUCACCCUUGCUGGCGUCUCCUACCUAGACUUGGCCCAGAAGACGCACGAUAAACGCUCGCUCACGCUGAAUUCACUGCUGGAGCGGACAUUCCGCACCUCUCGCUGUGUGGAUCUGGAGUCUCUGUGUGUGGCUUCCGAGCUGCAUGUCUGGUGCCUGCGUGUAGACAUCAAUGUUCUCAAUCACGAUGGCAAUCUGUAUGAUGCCAGCACUAUUGCCGUUUUGGCUGCCCUAAUGCACUUCCGUCGUCCCGAUGUGACCUUUACCGAUGGUGAGCUGCGCACCUACGCGGAGAAGGAGCGCGACAUGAUACCCCUGCUCUUCCUGCACUAUCCCGUGAGCGUCACCUACUGCAUCUACACGAGCAACUUUCAGCCCUUUGUGGACCCCACGCUGCUGGAGGAGAAUUGCGCCGAUUCGACUAUUAUUUUGAGCUUUAACUCGUACCAGGAGCUGUGCACCCUCAAUGCUGGCGGCACUGUCCCAACGGAUGUUCGUACCAUCAUGCAGUGUGCCCGGAAUGCUGCGAAUCGUUGUAAGGCCAUGGUUGCAUUCAUACGCAAGUCCUUGGAUCUGGAUGAGCAGCAGCGUUUGCAGGGGGGCACAAACAAAUACGCUGGCAUGUUGGGUUUAAUGGCCAAGUCGUCACAGCAGCUGAGCUUCAAGACUCUCAUGAAGGGGGAUCAGAAGCAGCAGCAGCAGCAUAAAUCAGAGGACAUGGACUUAGAAGUGGAGGCCAAGCCAAGCCUAAAGCUCGAAGAAGUCGAAACAGAGGACGUCGAGAACGAUCAGCCAGCCCAGGAAGAGCAACAACAAAUGGAUGCCAGUGGCUGGCUGCCGCAGGAGCCCGAACUUGAACCCACCAUAGAUCUGACAAAGCAGGGGCCAGGCAAACCCAAGCGUAAGCGUACCAAAGCCAACAAAAAGAAGCAGCAACAGAGUUCCUAAAAAAAUAAAAGGGGAAAUGUGUCCAAAGCGAUACGGAGGGCAAGAAAAGCGAAGCAAGUCCAUCUACAUAUUUGUAAACAAUUUAUGUAUAAUAAAUCUACAAACUAAUAGGUUAGACAUGCUUUCCAUUAUUGUUUACUUAAGCCUAAAAUUGUAUGCCUAAAAAUCAGUCUAGACCUUAACACAAUUCGUUCAGUUUUCCAGUGGCCCGCCCGACCGAUGGUUCCAUCUUAUUUAAGCUUAAACUAGCAUUAUGAGGGGGCAGAAGAUUAUCGUUAUCGGUACAACCAGUAGAAUUUUAUGUGUGUGAACGAUCUUCAAUUAAAA